AUGUCCUCCGAUGCGGCAACAUUACCAUCUCCACCAAGUAUGCCACCGUGGAAGGACACUCAACGUCCUUACUCGGUGGGAGACACCAUGCAUUCCAGUGGCUACGGAAGUAGGCCAGUCUCAUAUUCAAAGGGCUCACUGGCCAACCCGCGACGGCCUCGAUUCCCCAAUAUCAAAGACCUGCAGGAUCAGGCUGCUGCAUUACAUGUGAACGACACAACACCGCUCGCUGUGCUCUUACUUACCGCCGCCGAGGCAAUUGACAAGGCCAGGAACCUUGUGGAAGACUAUCCCGACAAAGCUUACGUCCACUACCUCCGGGCCUCUGAGAUCACUAUCAACUUGAUUCCUCAUCACUUGGACUAUCGAACGACGGCCAUCCAGCGUCCUGACUGGUAUAAGGAGUUCGCCGAUCUGAUGAAGGCAGUACGCGCCAAACAGGGCACUAUGGAUGCGAUCAAGAAGGCAAUCAUCGAGGAUAACCUAGCCAGCAACAUGCAGCCGACCGGCUCGUUUGGAUCUCAUUCACCGGAAUUACAAUAUGCCGUCCCAAGAGGCCGCGAGAAUCGAGGAUCAGGAACGGACUCGGUCAGAAUGCCAAGUCCAACGCAGUAUCAGAGGAUGCCUGACCCCAAUGUACAUUCACCACCGUCCUCUGUCACAUCAGAUGAUGUUCUCGCGCAACGUUUUGCGAAACUUAAGGCGUCACCACCUGCAAACCAAUAUGAGAUGGGACUAAAUGCAGGUGGGCCGAGGAGUCCGACGAUGGGAUCUGCAGCGCAGACCCCACUUCAUCCGUCAAAUGUAUCUUCGGGUGCGCACGACUCUCCACCGCCAAGGCGACCCAUGGGACCUCGCGGGAUGGGUUCCUCGUCCAAUGUACCCACAAUACCACCCAAAGUUCCCCUCAACACGACGCUUCCACGAGCUCCUGAUCCAGCCUACAGUCCUAUCUUUACGGCACCCCCAAAGUCCACAUCAAAUCCUCCGAGGUCGUCAUCAGACAGCACACGCUCAGGAAAUCCAAGAUAUUCGCAAUACAGCAACUCACCUCGUGUCAGUCCGAAUCGAGGGGAAACACGGAGCAGCUCACCCGACUUGCCGUACAGUACAACUAUCUCUGCUCAAAGCCUGUUGGAAAACUUGCGCAAGUAUAACAUACUUCUCAUUGAUGUUCGGCCACGAGACCAGUACGACAACGGACAUGUAUAUGCGAAAUCCAUCAUUUGCAUAGAACCUGUGGUACUGAAGGAGAAUGUCUCUGCGGAAGAGCUUGAAGAGCGACUGGUGGUUUCGCCAGAGCACGAGCAGGUUCUGUUCGAAAAACGGAAUGAAUACGACCUUGUGGUCUAUUAUGACCAAAGCGCAAGUUCCGUGAGUUAUCUCGCCGGCUCACCAGUUGGAACAUCUGCUCCCCACCUGAGGGCGCUUCAUGAUACUCUCUAUGAGUUCAAUGCAUACAAGCCUCUCAAAGCCGGUCGGCCUCCUGCUCUUCUGCUGGGUGGAUUAGAUGCCUGGGUCGAUCUUCUUGGGCAACAUUCGCUCGCUACAUCUUCCACCGCUGCUGUCAUGAGCUCUCUGCAGGCCAGAAAGCCAGUCUCAAGACCUGGUCGACCCCUAGGUCGAGUACCCACCAUGGUCAGUGCGAAUUCAAGUCUUGAAAUUCGAAAGAGACGACUGCGCGAGUUCACCCCUCUAAACUCGAAGGAGUUAUCAGAAUGGAUGGAAAAAUCCAAGACCGAGGAGAUUGAUACAAGCAAUUAUGAUGAGGAAGACGAGGAGCCGGAGGCGACUUCUCAAGAGCCCACCACUCCGUAUGUCCAUACUUACGAGGCAUUCUUCCGACGAUUCCCAGAAGCCCAUGAUGUACAGCAGUCCAUGACCCACCCAGAUUCACGUCCUCCCCCUCCGCCUGUCCACCCUCAUACCCAGUCCCAACCCAAACCCCAGUAUCAAUCACAGUCUCAUGUCCCAGACUAUGCUGUACAAAUGCCCGUUGUUCCAUCUCGACCGCGCCCAGCGGUCGCUCGCCCGAGUUACAGUGGUGUCUCUGAUGGCCGGCAGAGUCAACCACAUCUAGAGCGUCAGAAUUCGGCAAACAGAACGGCGCUCUAUGCCCCCACAUCUCGUCUAGAUCGCAUGAAGCUUCCCCGGACUGGUUUGACCAAUUUUGGUGUCACAUGCUACAUGAAUUCCACUAUUCAAUGUCUCAGCGCAACGAUCGCGAUGAGUCGAUUUUUCAUCGACAAUCGGUUCCGCUACUAUGUACAGAAGAACUGGAAGGGAUCGCAAGGCGUCAUGCCUGGAUUAUAUGCAAACCUGACUCGAUCGUUAUGGAAAAAUGAUGUGGAAGUCAUCAUGCCAACCUCCUUCCGCAAUUUCUGCGGGCGCCUGAAUCGCGAAUGGGCCAUCGACCGCCAGCAAGAUGCCAAGGAAUUCUUUGACUUCCUAGUUGAUUGUCUCCACGAAGAUCUCAACGUCAAUUGGCAGCGGACACCGCUACGGCCGCUGACGUUCUCAGAGGAGAUGCAACGAGAACGGAUGCCGAUGACUCGAGUGUCCCGCAUCGAGUGGGAUCGAUACCGCCACCGUGAAGAGUCUUUCAUCUCAUCACUUUUUGCCGGACAACAUGCCAGUCGAUUACGCUGCACCACCUGUCGACAAACGUCGACGACUUACGAGGCAUUCUACAGUAUCAGUGUAGAGAUCCCACCGACAGGCACUGGUGAUAUCUACCAAUGCCUCCGCAGCUACUGCCAGGAGGAGAUGCUCAGCGGCGACGAAGUGUGGAAAUGUCCUCACUGCAAAUGCAAGCGAAUGGCCACCAAGCAGAUCAUCAUCACUCGCGCGCCUCAGAUCCUCGUCGUCCAUUUCAAACGAUUCUCCGCAUCCAAGACCCAAAGCGCGCGAAAGAUCCACACCCCGAUCGAGUUCCCACUCCACGGACUCCGGAUGGACGAUUUCGUGAUUUCGCACCCGGCUCCCCCGGAGUCUGGGGCGGUGGGGGCGACUAUCCCGCCUUUUACCUACGACGCAUUUGCGGUUCUCCGGCAUCUCGGCUCUUCCAUGGGUAGCGGGCACUACGUCUCGUUGGUCCGAGAUGCGGAGCGGUGGCGGAAAUUCGAUGAUGAGCGGGCCACCGACUUCAACCCCCGGGAUCUGCGAUCGCGUGACCGGUUACAGAAUGAGCAGGCGUAUAUUGUGUUUUAUGAGCGAGUUCCAGCGAAAUAA